CUGCGACUUGGAAGCUCAGUGGACUGCCCGGAGGUGGCGGCCCUGGUGUACUGUGAGCUGUGCCCGGCGGUGGAGAGGGUAGUCUCCCAUGGCCUCCGUGACUACGAGGCCGGCGUCCAUCUCUUCGGGAAGGUCAGGCUGUCUCCGUGGAGGCUGGCCGAAAUGACCGCAGAGCUAGGCCCGUACACGCGUCCCCUCCAUGAGCUGGCACGCUCGGUGCGACAAAAGAACACGCUGCCCUCCAACAGACAUAAGUUUUACGGCUUUGUCGCAGGACUACUCAACCUGCGACUGUUAGACUUCUGGCUGGGCUACCUGCGCUGCAAAGAGCAGCUCGUCCCUCGCGUCUACCACGACCACGCCUGUCUGCGCGCCAGCCUGCGCGGACCGCUAGACGCCUGCUACACGCGACUGCUGCGAGAGUUACAGCCCCUGGCCGUCCUGCCCUUCCAGCUGGAGGUCACGGUCAUCCCGGCGCUGGUCAUGGGAGACAGCGUGAUGGUGGCCUCUGUGGUCGACCUUGACCCGCCGCCGGCGAGUCUGUGGUCAGUGAGGGGAGAAAAGACUCCGCCCCCAGCCCCGCCCCCGCCUCCAUCGCGACCUCGACAAGGCGAUCGGGAUCGUGGAAGUGGCUACGUAACCCUGGCGCCUUCUCCAACGCCCUGGCCCACGUGGCAGCAAAGAUCGGCUCCUCCUCCCCAAAACCUGGCCACAUGACCGAGUCAGGAUCAGAGCCGAAACAGGAAGCAAAUGUUGCCACUGACGGAGAGAGAGAGGAGAAGAAGAAGAAAGUUGAUGAAGGGAAGAAGGAGAGUGAGGGCGGCCCAGAGGUGGAGGGAGGAGUGACCACCACGGAGGGUGUGUCUCUCCCUGCUGUUGUGAGGGACCACCGCGCAGCCACCCGCCCACACCCCGCCCAACAGCGAGACCCACGCACCGCGCCCCGCUCAGACCUCUCCGACCUCUUCCUCCAGGAGAGUUCUGCCGAGGGGGAGAUGAGUGACGGACCGACCCCUGGCCCCACGACCUCCGACCCUGCGACCCCCGAUCCCGUGACCUCCGACCUCCGACCGCGGUGCGCUGUGCCGGAGGGCGGCCUAGAGCUGUGCCCACAGAGACUGCGCAAGUACCAGGUACCCAGGAAGAUCUCGGAACUGUCGCAGGCUUUGACACUGCCCAACGUGGAGGUCAUACGGACACACGCACCAGACGACGCACACACGGACGCACUCUCGGACACAGCACAGGGGUCAGAGGUGGCGGGCCAGGUGUGUGAGGGGGUGGGCCAGGUGGUGGGUCCGCGGGACGACGGGGCGGGUCAGGGAGGCAAGGACAGGACACAGCUUGGGACGGAGGACAUCCCCAGCCUUAGCUCACACCCCGACCCUCUCCCUGACGCUGACCCUAACACUGACCCUAACACUGACCCCGACGCUGACCCUAACACUGACCCUAACACCGACCCUAACCCUGACCCUAACGUUGACCUUGACCCUAGCGCUGCGAUCCCCCAGGACAAACUGAGCGCUGGCAAGCCGGCCGGACACAGGAAGUCCCCGCGGUCGGCUUUCAGUAUCCUCAGUUUCUUUGACCGCAUCCUUCUACCCCAGGAUAGAGGGAAGGUGGCAGUGGUGGAGGAGAAGGGGAAGGAGGGAAGAGGGAAAGAGGAGAAGGAAGGGAAAGAUAAGGAAGCCAAGGGGAAAGACGGAAGGAAGAAGGAGGUCCCAGAGGAGGGGAAAAGGACGGAAGAGAAAGGAGGGAAGGGAAAAGAUGAGAAAGUUGUGGAGGAGCAGAGAGCGAGAGAGGAGAUAGGAAAAGAGGAAAAGGAGGAGAAAGGAGAGGAAGUGAGAAAGGAAGAGAAAGAUGGAGAGACAGAGGGCAGAGAGGAAGGAAGUGAGCGCGCUAGCCAGCGAGAUGUGACAGCCCAGGGGAAGAAACGGGACGGUGACGUCUGUCUGACCAAGUCAGCGACCUGCGACACCCAGGGGAAGUCAGCGACCUGCGACACCCAGGGGAAGUCGGCGACCAGCGACACCCAGGGGAAGUCAGCGACCAGCGACACCCAGGGGAAGUCAACGACCAGCGACACCGACAGGAAGUCAGCAACCUGCGACACUCACAGGAAGUCCGAAGCGACGGUGAGUGUGUCUAAGGCUGUCAGCAGCCCCACCGCGGGCAAUGUGUCUAAGGCUGUCAGCAGCCCCACCGCGGGCAAUGUGUCUAAGGCUGUCAGCAGCCCCACCACGGGCAAUGUGUCUAAGGCUGUCAGCAGCCCCACCGCGGGCAAUGUGUCUAAGGCUGUCAGCAGCCCCACCGCGGGCAAUGUGUCCAAGGCCGCCAAAAGUUCCGCUAGCCCCGAGGUUGUGAGUUCGCGACCCCGCCUCCUGGACAGGGGGUCAAGGGUUGUGCGUGGAGGAGUGACCUUGAGAGACCGCAGCGGCGCUAAGAUCAUCACCACGGCAGGGGCAGUGCGCAACAAGACGGCCGAGAUGUUUCCCAAGGCCCGGCCCGUCUCCGCUUUUCUGGAGCGAGACCUUGAGGAGUCUGGGUGGUCGCUGGACAGCAGCACCCUGGCGCGACCCCUGUCACUGUGUGACCUGCCCAACAUGGCCGCCCCGCUGGCUGGCGAGCACAUCGAACACGUGCGAGCCGCACUCUUCACCGACCCGUUGCCCCGGCGACACUCCCCGCGCACACCAACACGCACCGCGCACGACGCGCACAUGCUUAGCAGCACGGAGGACACACAAGUCUGGCACACGCCAACACGCCAGCAGGCCCUGGAGAAGAGACAGGACUGGCACACACCAACACGCCAACAGGCCCUGGAGAAGACACAGGACUGGCACACGCCAACACGCCAGCAGGCCCUGGGAAAGACACAGGACUGGCACACGCCGACACGCCAACAGGCCCUGGAGAAGACACAGGACUGGCACACGCCAACACACCAACAGGCCAAGAGUUUGCCGGAGACAGAGACAAAAGAAGACAAUGAGAAAGUUGUGGAGGGAGGGGAGGGGAGGCAGCCAGCCUCCCAGGAGGAGGAGGGGGCGGAGUCUGGUGGCUCCUCCCUCAGCGAGAGUGACAGCAGCUGUGGGCGGGGCAAGUCCCGUGGUGGGCGGGGCCAGGAGGUGGGGGAGACGUGCCAGUGGGACGGACGGACAGAGGAGGA